UGAACGAGGACCCAAAGUGGUCAGUCAUCUACGUGCCACGUAUGAAGUUCAACCCUGACCCAGAAGAUAUGUUCAUGAACAUGAUCCCAUCCAGGAUCGUCUGCCCCCAAUCAGCUGACAUGAAUGAAAUACAACUACGCCAGAUCGCUAAAAAUUGUCAGACAACACCACAUGGAAUGAGGAGGUCAGCAGCAUUGGUUGUGCGCUUGGUCCUCAUCAAGUGUGGUUUCCUAACACUAGAAACUGUGCCUAAAAAUAUAUUACACCGUAUUGCCGAUCACUUUGGGUGGUCAAGGAAGAAUGUCCUGAAUAUUUUCAACCGGUACACUAAAGACUGGCAUCUACACACCAACGCUUCGUACUACUUCCCAACUGAACUCAUGAUGUGGCUCGUUGAUGAUAAUGUCACACCCCCUAGAGUGCAUGACAUGUGGC